CCCACAAUUUGUGUGGCCCUAACUUCAUCCAUCACCUUUGUCUCCAACGCCCAUUUCUCAAUCUUUUUUUUCUCGUUCGGAAAUGGCAAUGGGCUCGACCACAUAUGGGCCUCUAGUGCUAGGAUUUCUCGCGAUUUGGGCCGCGACGGCGGAUUCCGCCCGACAUCAAGCUGCGGCGCCGGCGGUGGACUGCAACAGCGUCGUGCUGAACCUGGCGGACUGUCUCCCCUUCGUCACCAACGGGAGCACGGCGGAGGAGCCGGAAGGGAGGUGCUGCUCCGGGCUGAAAACGGUGCUGAAAUCCAACGCCGAGUGUCUCUGCGAGGGAUUCGAGAAAAGCGCUCAAUUGGGAAUGGUUCUGAAUGUGAGCCGGGCUAUGUCCCUCCCCGCCGCUUGCCGUCUCUCCGCUCCUUCUGCCACCGCCUGCCCCAUGAGCAGUGGAAGCAUUUCAUCUCCUGUUCCAUCUCCUUUGGCUUCACCGCCAGGCUCCACCGCGGCUGAGCCCCCCGGCGAUGUGAUAGGAGUAAACACUGUGACCAGCCCGACACCGUCGCGAGGAACCAGGGCGGCUUCGUCUUCUUCAGUGCUUACUGUGCACAUUGGUUCCUUCUCCACCUUUGUCAUCUUGCUGCUUCUCACCUUAUUGUUUUUGUGAUGUUCUUCCUAGUUAUUGCCUUCACUCCUUUGCUCACCCUGCAGCUUUUAUCUCCUUCUUUGACUCUUUGUUUAGUUUGAUUCAAGGAAUUUGAAAGAGAAAAAAUGACGUGGAAAACAGUUUUUCGUGUUUGAUUAAGGUGGAAAAGGAAUAAAAAAUGGUAGGAAAAGAAAAUUAGAGAUUUUGAUAUGGUGUCCCCAAACUUGCUUGUUAUAGUUGAUUGGGUAAGCACUUAUAACUCAGUAUUGAUCCAAUGUCAUCCAUAUGUUGCUCCAUAUCCAAAUGAAAACCUAUUAAACGAAAUGAAGUUUCCUUGUUGAA